AUGGAGUUCCAGGUGGUUGCCCUUGACAUCUUUCGCGGUGGCAAGUCGACGGCCAAGCAGCCCAAGGACAUCCACGCUAUGCUUAAUCACUACUACUUUCUGAAGUGGUUUGCCAAGCUGCUUGCAGAGUUUGGUGAUAUGGGUGUGGCAAACGUGUUUAUUGUGAUGGAUAAUGCCAAGUAUCACAAAGGCAGGCCUGUCGGAACACCGAUCAGCCGGCUAUGCAAAACAACGCUGCAGGCAGCAUGGACGCGAUAUGGGAUACCGUUCGAGCCGACAGAUUUCAAGAGCAUUCUCUGGGAAAAGCUGUCGGCGUACAUUGAAAAGCACAUCCAACCUCAAGUAGUCCAAAUGGCAAUCGACAAGGGCCAUAGAGUCGUCUUCACCCCCCCCCCUAUCACUCCGACUUGCAACCAAUUGAGCUGGAACGACUCGAAGAAGCGGUCGAAGAAUUGA